AUGAGUGACAUGGGACCAGGAAAUUGGUGCUUGAUCGAAAGCGAUCCAGGUGUUUUUUCGGAGCUCAUCAAAAAUUACGGUGAGGAACAACUGUGGGAUCAGCUUAUAAAGGUCAUACAAAAUGCCUGCGCCACUCAAGCUCUUUUGAGCAUUUUGUUGAAUGUUCCAAAUUUGGAACUGGGAACUGCUUUGACGGAAUUCAAAGAAUUUUCUGCUAAGCUCGGAUACCAAAGAGCGAGGCAGGAUUGA